UAAUGCAAGUGUAAUUUUACGACAAUGCAGACGAAAACAUGGCUCCCUCGCAAAGUCAAGUUGUAACAUUAGCUGCCGGUUCUGCAUUGCUUGUCGGUGCUAUUUUUACACUAUACUUAAUACGACGCAGAAAUAAGACAGGCGAAAUUUCAGGAAAGCCUAAAACACAGCAGUAUGAGCAAGAGGUGAAAGAGGAAACAGUUCCAGUUGAAGUAGUUCCAGGUAGGCGCGGAGAAGGUGACAGUCUUCUUCUAGAUACAGGGAGUGGUUCCCCUUUACCUGAUAAAGAGGGGCUAACCAUUUCUGCAUCAUGGGCCAUACUGAAUGAUGACGAGUCCCAUGCCAGUAGUCCACAUCUAUCUCCAGUGGACAGUGAGACGAGCAUUGUAAAUGGCACACAGGAUGGAAAUAGUGAGAGUCUGUCUAUCAUAAAUGGCACUGACAAUGAUAGUGUACUUGAUAAUUUGGAUACUACACCAUCUAAUUCUGUGUUGGAAGCUGGCGACCAGAGCACAAUAUUGGCAGAAAAAGUGCCAUUAUCUGCCCGUUUGUCCUCCAUGGAGAGGGAAACAGUUGCUAUGGAAACUAUGAAUAUUCAGUAUGAGGAACUCCUCAAAGAGCAUAAUGAGUCUGAAUCUCAAAAAUUCUCAUCUGAAGAAAUUACCGUGGCCCUGAUGGCCACACAGAACCCUUCUCAGGGUCUCACAGCUCGCAAUGCUGAAGUGUUAGCAGGGUUACUCACAUUUGAAGAUAUUCAUCUGAAACAUACAGCUGUACAGGGUAUAGCAAAUUGUGCUACAUUUACACAUAAUCAGAAUGUGUUACGAGAACAGGGUUGUCUUCCUCGUCUUGCCAAACUGCUCGAGCUUCAGCGCAUGGCGAUGUGGUUGAGGCAUUCUGGUGCCACGACAUCUGUGUCAGUCACGAUAAAUGCUGUGACCAAUCUAGCAACAAAUGAACAAAAUAACAAGGAAAUGGAGUCUUGUGUUCCUACACUAGUUGACAUUUCCCUGGACAAGGAUACUGGCGAGGCUAUUUGCCUAUCCUCGCUCCAGGCCCUCACUAACCUGUCCCUGACGUGCGAGCAUCAUGGCCAGUACACUCGUGUUGUACAGCGUUUGUAUGAGUUCUUACAGACAGGGAAAAAUGUGAUACGGUUACAGGCAUUGAAGAUUCUUGUCAACUUGUCAUGUAACCCUGAUUUGGUACCUCAUCUGUUAGCUGCAAAGGCUCCAGAGGGACUUCUUGUUUACCUAGAACCUGCAGAAACUGAUGAUGCUAUAAUACUCCGAUUUGUGACUUUACUGGCUAAUAUACUGCAAGUUGUUAAAGACAAGAAUAUUACGUCUUCCUCUCUACCACCGGACGAUAAGGCUGCAUCGCCGGAAACAAUGUAUUCAGCUUUAUUUGGUAUUAGUACUGUAGGCAACUUGAAAAACAAAGUGUUCUUAUUGUGUAAACAUUCAAAUGAGGAUGUGAGAGCACAGUCUGCAAGGGUAUAUAACUACUUAAAGUAGGUCAAGGAUCUUCUGAAUAGUGUGUGUACAACUACCGCAAGUUAUACUAACAUUGCAUACUGCAAAACUACCAACCAAACUGUGUUAUAGUAACCUCAUUCAUAAUAUUUGUUAUAGAUAUAUUUUGCCAUAAAUACUGUAUAUGGGAAAGUUGAAAUGUAUAAAUUUCAGUAUAAAUUUGUAGAAUUUUGUAAACUUUAAAUAAAUAUUAUGUUUUGUUAGCUCACCUGUCACAAAGUGACAAGUUGAGCUUUUGUGAUCGCGCUGCGUCCGUCGUCCGUCCGUGCGUGUGUCCGUCCGUGCGUAAACUUUUGCUUGUGACCACUCUAGAUGUCACAUUUUCAAUGGGAUCUUUAUGAAAGUUUUUUCAGAAUGUUCACCUUGAUGAUAUCUAGGUCAAGUUCGAAACUUGGUCACGUGCCAUCAAAAACUAGGUCAGUAGGUCUAAAAAUAGAAAAACCUUGUGACCUCUCUAGAGGCCAUAUUUUUCACAAGAUCUUCAUGAAAGUUGGUCUGAAUGUUCACCUUGAUGAUAUCUAGGUCAAGUUCGAAACUGGGUCACGUGCCAUCAAAAACUAGGUCAGUAGGUCAAAUAAUAGAAAAUCCUUGUGACCUCUCUGGAGGUCAUAUUUUUCAUGGGAUCUGCGUGAAAAUUGGUUAGAAUGUUCAUCUUGAUGAUAUCUAGGUCAAGUUCGAAACUGGGUCACGUCUGGUCCAAAACUAGGUCAGUAGGUCAAAUAAUAGGAAAACCUUGUGACCUCUGUAGAGGCCGUAUUUUUCAUUGGAUCUCCAUGAAAAUUGAUCAGAAUGUUCAUCUUGAUGAUGUCUAGGUCAAGUUUGAAACCGGGUCAACUGCGGUCAAAAACUAGGUCAGUAGGUCAAAUAAUAGAAAAUCCUUGUGACCUCUCUAGAGGUCAUAUUUUUCAUGGGAUCUGCAUGAAAAUUGGUCAGAAUGUUCAUCUUGAUGAUAUGUAGGCCAAAUUUGAAACUGGGGCACAUCCGAUCCAAAACUAGGUCAGUAGGUCAAAUAAUAGAAAAACCUUCUGACCUCUGUAGAGGCCAUAUUUUUCAUGGGAUCUGCAUGAAAAUUGGUCAGAAUGUUCAUCUUGAUGAUAUCUAGGUCAAGUUCGAAAUUGGGUCAACUGCGGUCCAAAACUAGGUCAGUAGGUCUAAAAAUAGAAAAUUCUUGUGACCUCCCUAGAGGCCAUAUUUUUCAUGGGAUCUUCAUGAAAAUUGUUCAGAAUGUUUACAUUGAUGAUAUCUAGGUCAAGUUCGAAACUGGGUCACGUGCCUUCCAAAACUAGGUCAUUAGGUCAAAUAAUAGAAAAACCUUGUGACCUCUCUGGAGGUCAUAUUUUUCAUGGGAUCUGUAUGAAAAUUGGUCAGAAUGUUCAUCUUGAUGAUAUCUAGGUCAAGUUCGAAACUGGGUCACGUGCAGUCAAAAACUAGGGCAGUAAGUCAAAUAAUAGAAAAACCUUGUGACCUCUGUAGAGGCCAUAUUUUUCAUGGAAUCUGCAUGAAAAUUGGUCAGAAUGUUCAUUUUGAUAAUAUCUAGGUCAAGUUUGAAACUGGGUCACAUGUGGUCAAAAACUAGGUCAGUAGGUGAAAUAAUAGAAAAACCUUGUGACCACUCUAGAGGCCAUAUUUUUCAUGGGAUCUGUAUGAAAGUUGGUCUGAAUGUUCAUCUUGAUGAUAUCUAGGUCAAGUUCGAAACCGGGUCAACUGCGGUCAAAAACUAGGUCAGUAAGUCAAAUAAUAGAAAAACCUUAUGACCUCCAGGUCAUAUUUUUCAUGGGAUCUGUUUGAAAAUUGGUCAGAAUGUUCAUCUUGAUGAUAUGUAGGUCAAGUUCAAAGCUGGGUCACGUGCCGUCAAAAACUAUAAUAAAAAAACCUUGUGACCUCUGUAGAGGCCGUAUUUUUCUUGGAUCUCCAUGAAAAUUGAUCAGAAUGUUCAUCUUGAUAAUAUGUAGGUCAAGUUUGAAACUGGGUCACAUGCGGUAAAAAACUAGGUCAGUAGGUCAAAUAAUAGAAAAACCUUGUGACCACUCUAGAGGCCAUAGUUUUCAUGCGAUCUGUAUGAAAGGUGGUCUGAAUGUUCAUCUUGAUGAUAUCUAGGUCAAGUUUGAAACCGGGUCAACUGCGGUCAAAGACUAGGUCACUAGGUCUCAACAUAGAAAGACCUUUUGACCUCUCUAGAGGCCAUAUUUUUCAAUGGAUCUUCAUGAAAAUUGGUCAGAAUUUUUAUCUUGAUGAUAUCUAGGUCAAGUUCAGAAGUAGGUCACAUGAGCUCAUAAACUAGGUCACUAUGUCAAAUAAUAGAAAAAAACGACGUCAUACUCAGUUCAUGUGGGGGCAGGUGAGCGAUUCAGGACCAUCAUGGUCCUCUUGUUUUUAUAUAUUUUAUAAGCUAAAUGUAACAAAGUUGUUUUUAUACUUACCAGUUUUUAUGCCCCUUUAAAAAGACUAGGGGAUACAUUGUUUUGCUAAUUUUGCCAGUCUGUCUGUAGACCAUUCAGUUUCAGCAGUAUACUUUAGCCUACAGUGGUCAAAUUUCACAAACAAUUGUUUGAUGUCAGCAGAUGAUGCCUAUUGGUUUGCGAGUCAGUAGGUUAAGGUGACAAGUGACCUUGAAACUGAAAAUGAGCCACACCAUGAGAAAACCAACAUAGUGGCUUUGCGACCAGCAUGCACAUCCGUGCAGUCUGGUCUGGAUCCAUGCUGUUCACUUUCAAAGCCUAUUGCUAUUAGAGAAAGUGUUAGCGAACAGCAUGGAUCCUGACCAGACUGCGGAUGCUGGUCGCAAAGCCACUAUGUUGGUUUUCCCAUGGCAUGGCUCAAAUGGUUCAAGGUCAAUGACUGGAGAACACACAGGCCUGCAGUGCCAAAAUUCAUUCAUUUAAUAAUUGCUUGGGGUCAUUAGUUAGGGGAUUGUAUUAGUAGGUCAGAAGUCAAGGUCACAGUGACUUAAAGACAAAAACGAUGUCUUAUUGAUAAGUAGAGAGCACGUCAACGUAUGACCAUUGAACUUCCUAGGAUAUGAAGGUCAAGGUCAGAGUGACCCCAAGCCUAUAGAUGGUUUCCAGUUACUGUCAGUAUUUAGAGAAUAUUAAGGCUAGUGACUAUUCUACUUCAUAAAGUGAUAGCUUGUUCUUACUGUGUUUGAGUCCAUUUGCCAAAGACCAGGGCCAUUGCGCGCUUUAACGCUGUAAAUGACAUACCCUGUUACCUCUGACAGGCCAACAUGAGGGAAGUACGUGUUUAUCAAACUGCUCCUGUUGUCUUGUUAAACUGUAUAGCUUUGUUGAUAGCGAGGAUGGUUGAGAUAUGUGUUGUUAUUGAUAGUUGAACUCAUUGCCAGAGUUGAACUCUGUAAGAAACUGACAUAUGUGUAAGAGACUGACAUAUGUGUAAGAAACUGACAUAUGUGCAAGAGACUGACAUAUGUGUAAGAAACCGACAUAUGUAUAAUUACUAUUAUUUUACAUGUUUAAUGUUAUGCCUUGUCACUAAGUGUAACAGGAAUGUUUUUGUUCAUUAUUGAAAGUCCUGUGUUGAAUGACCUGUUUCAUCAUAAAGUUGCUCUUUUUUAUGAAUUUCUGUUUUUGUAGCAAAAUAAAGCGAUUUGGUUGUUAUAAA